UAUCAAUUUUUGAGUGUGACUUGUACCUGUGAACGUCAUUAUUUGUGCAAUUCUUCAGCAAUUUUCCUCAUUUUCUUUCAAUUAAUUGACGAUUUUUGUCUUCCAUACUUUUAGUAACUUGUAAAUAUUUUAAAAUUCCAUAAAAAUUGUUGAAACAUGGCUCUACGGUUUUGUUCAAAGCUAUUUACGCAGAAUUUGGGUCGGACGAGACUUGUUGCUAAGUCAUCAACCCUUACUUCCAAGGCCAAUUACUCGUCGCAGUACUAUCCGAUUGACGAAAAUUUGUAUGGCUUGAGUGAGGAACAACAAGAAUUACGUGAAGCAGCAUUUAAUUUUGCGCAAAAAGAACUUGCGCCGUUCGCUCAGGAUAUUGACAAGAACAAUGGAUGGUCAGAUUUGCGGGAAUUUUGGAAGAAAAUGGGCAACAUGGGAUUUUUGGGACCCACAGCGAAGCAAGAAUAUGGCGGUUUAGGCGGCACUUAUACCGAUCACUGCAUUAUUAUGGAAGAAAUUUCUCGUGCGAGUGGCGGAAUCGGUCUCAGUUACGGCGCACACUCGAAUUUGUGCGUAAAUCAAAUCCAUCGGAACGGAACCGAAGAGCAAAAGCAGAAAUAUUUGCCUAAAUUGAUUUCGGGCGAACACAUGGGAGCUCUUGCGAUGUCAGAGCCUGGCUCGGGUAGCGACGUUGUCUCGAUGCGACUCAAAGCGGAGAAAAAAGGCGAUUAUUACGUCUUAAACGGCAACAAAUUUUGGAUCACCAAUGGACCAGAUGCCGAUACUCUCGUUGUUUAUGCCCGCUCCAACCCGAAUGUCAAACCGCAACAUGGCAUCACGGCGUUUAUUGUUCAAAAAGACUUCCCUGGCUUCAGCACGGCACAAAAACUCGACAAAUUGGGCAUGCGUGGCAGCAACACGUGCGAACUCUUGUUCGAAGAUUGCAAAGUUCCCGCCAAAAAUGUCCUUGGCGACGAGGGAAAGGGCGUUUACGUGUUAAUGUCGGGCCUGGAUUACGAGCGUCUCGUGUUGGCAGCAGGUCCCGUCGGUUUGAUGCAAGCGGCAUGCGACGUUGCCUUCGAGUAUGCCCAUGUUCGCAAACAAUUCAACACGCGAAUCGGCGAAUUUCAAUUGAUGCAAGGCAAAAUGGCGGAUAUGUACACAACCCUGAACGCUUGUCGCAGUUACUUGUAUAACGUGGCACGAGCAUGCGACAAAGGCAAAGCGAACCCGAAAGAUUGUGCCGGCGUUAUUUUGUAUUGUGCGGAAAAGGCGACGCAAGUUGCCUUGGAUGCCAUUCAAAUUUUGGGCGGGAACGGAUACAUUAAUGACUAUCCGACGGGCAGAAUUAUGCGGGAUGCCAAAUUGUAUGAAAUUGGCGCCGGGACAUCGGAAGUACGUCGAAUGCUCAUUGGAAGAAGUUUGAACAAGGAAUAUUCUUCAUAAUUUGUUUUUUUACUUAAAACUGCCAUAAAUUGCAUUUAUUUACUGAAAACGACUCAAAGUCUUUUUAAAAAAUUAACAUAGGCUGUUAACGGUUUUUUUAAAA